AUGACCAUUACAAGAGAUAACUACACAUGCAAGAAUGAGUUUCACAAGAGAUCUCAAACUGCUCUCAAAUAUGAAAGACUUCCAUCAAAGGUCAAAAGUGUCAACCUGUCAGAAGGCGAGCAGCUGUCAAUCAGAGGGGUAGAUGAAGCUGGGGCCCUGCUGGUUCUGGCCAAUCAGACGCUUCUGGUGGAAGGUCAGGUGAUCCGGAGCCCGACCAAUACGCUGUCUGUGUUCUACCGCUCGUCUCCGGAGGGAGGAGUCGGCAUAUUCCAGCUGCAUUAUCAAAUUUUUCGCCUGGGUUGUGCUCUACCUCGACGGCCUCAUUUUGGGGAGGUGUCAGUAAAAGAUCUGCAUCCCGGAGGCAUGGCCCAUUUCCAGUGUCACAUGGGAUACCACCUGCAGGGGGACGCCACACUCACGUGUCUCAAUGCCUCGCUGCCCGUGUGGAGCCAACAUGAGCCAAGCUGCAGAGCUUUGUGUGGAGGGGUUGUAAAAAAUGCCACAGUGGGCCGUGUACUGUCCCCCUCACCCCAUCCGGGCCUUAACAGCACCCUGGACCGCAGCUGCUCUUGGUCCCUGGAGGCUCCUAACGGCCAGAGGCUGCACCUGCAUUUGGAGAGAAUGGUGUUGGGUCCGACAGACAGGCUGGUCUUAUGGAGCGGCCUCGAUGCAGGGUCAGUGGUCCUGUUUGAUUCCGGGCGUGGAGGUCCCAUCCCGUUUGAGGGAGUGAUCAGCGAAGGUCCGGCUGUUCGGGUCCAGUUUAUAACAGACCAACCUAAUAGUCACAACACUGGAUUCAAUAUACGUUAUGAGGCAUUUGAGAGGGGCCACUGCUAUGAGCCAUACAUCCAAAAUGGAAACUUCAGCACGACUGACCCGACUUACGGCGUGGGAACGGUUGUGCAGUUCACCUGUGACCCCGGGCACUCGCUGGAGCAGGGACCGCCCGUCAUCGAGUGCAUCAACACACGAGACCCCUACUGGAAUGACACAGAGCCCCUCUGCAAAGCUCUCUGUGGCGGUGACCUGCCCGGCCCCGGCGGCGUUAUCCUGUCACCAAACUGGCCCGAAUGGUACGGGGAGGGCGAGGACUGCAGCUGGAGGAUUCACGUCGGCGAGGACAAACGCAUCCUGCUGGACGUGCAGCUCUUGAAUCUGAGCGACAGUGAUAUGCUAACCAUUUUGGAUGGGGAUGAGGUCACAACACGUAUAUUGGGGCAGUUUGUUGGGGGAACCAGCCCGUUUAAGAUGUCCUCCUCGACCCCUGACCUCACCAUCACCUUCCACUCAGACCCAGCCGGCCUGGUCUUCGGGAAAGGAGAGGGUUUCAUCAUCAACUACAUGGAGGUGUCACACAAUGACUCGUGUCCAGACCUACCUGAGAUCCAGAACGGCUGGAAGACCACUUCUCAUGUGGCGCUUUUGCGUGGAGCCCGUAUCACGUAUCAGUGUGACCCAGGGUACGACCUGGUGGGCAGUGAAACCCUGACCUGUCAGGUAGACCUGAGCUGGAACACGCAGCCUCCGUUCUGCGAGAAGAUUAUGUACUGCACAGACCCUGGACACGUGGAGCACUCCACACGCACACUGUCUGAUCCCAAACUCUUGGUUGGCACCACUAUCCAGUACAGCUGCAUUCCCGGAUACAUCCUGCAGGGCGGCGCCACUCUCACUUGCUAUGGUCGAGAACCCGGCACCCCUGUUUGGACGUCUCGCUUGCCUCAUUGCGUUUCGGAAGAGUCAGUGUCCUGUGAGAAUCCUGGCCUUCCUGACAAUGGCUACCAGAUAUUGUCUAAAAGGCUUUACCUACCGGGAGAGUCUGUAACCUUCAUGUGCUUCCAAGACUAUGAGCUUAUUGGUGAGAUGGCUAUCAAGUGCAUUCUGGGAAAUCCCUCUUUUUGGAGUGGUCCAUUACCUCUUUGCAGAGCCAAUCAUGAAUGCUCUAGCAGUCAUGCACUAGAGGUGGCUGAAGCCGCGGCAGACUCUUCUUUUGAUGGGGGAAGUAUGGCUCUAGCAAUAUUUAUACUGGUGCUGCUAGUAUCUGUUUUACUGGGAGGAGCCUACAUCUAUGUCACGAGGUGCCGUUAUCAUUCAAACCUGAGACUUCCUCUGAUGUAUCCGCAUCCCUACAGCCAGAUCACCGUGGAAACCGAGUUUGACAACCCUCUCUACGAGACUGGAGGGGACACAAGAGAAUAUGAGGUGUCCAUAUGAAGAGGCCCACAGACACAUCCCGUACUGCUCCAGUGCUUACAAGAAGUGAUGUAAAUAGAUCCUGACAACUCCACUCUCCCCACCUCCCCAACCUUAAGAGGACAGAGAGGGGCGUGAAGGGAACGGGGCUGUGAAACAGGAAGUACCAGUGCAGAGAUCGUUUGGCCAGUAGACAUUACUGUGGUUUUACGACAUGUGAUUCGACACGUAUGCGCUCACAGCCGGAGGUUCUUAUUCUGCCAUUCACAAACGUGUGUGUGUGUGUCCAGCGAGUGGAAAAUAACAAGUGAAGAGUUUGCACAGUGUUCUUAUGUGAUUUACGGGACAGUUUAACCCUGGGGUUCAUAACCCCUUUGCUCCGAUACGAAGGGGUGGUAGUGGCGCCAUCCUGUGUGUGUCUGUGGCCCGUCCUGCCUGCUGUCAUUUUUAAGUCUUUUUACUUAGAGCAGUUCGUAGUGCAGGUUUUAAAGUAGUAUUUUUCCCCUGCAAGUGACGUCCUACUGCAGCAGAGAGCAGAUGAUGUAUUUAUUUUGAAGUAUAUGUGAAAUGUUCUCUGCUGAUUAAUGAAUACUUCAUUUUGGAGAGCA